UAUAUACACUGUGCACCCCACACUUUCCCCAACAAGCAACAAACCCUUUCCCGCUUCUCAUUCCCUCCUUCCCCUCAUCGACAACCAUGGCGAAGUUCUUCGCGAUCCUGCUCUUGACUCUGCUCGCCAUCUCGACGCUUCAAGCUACUGUUUCGAAGAAAGGGGGACAUCACCAUGGCUUCGGUCCUGGAAGCUUGAAAAGCUCUCAAUGCCCCGGACAGUGCAUAAGGAGAUGCAGCAGGACACAGUACCACAAGCCAUGCAUGUUUUUCUGUCAGAAAUGUUGCGCAAAGUGCCUUUGUGUGCCACCGGGGUAUUAUGGGAAUAAACAAGUUUGCCCUUGCUACAACAACUGGAAGACAAAGGAAGGAGGUCCAAAAUGCCCCUGAAUUGUGUGAUUUUACCUUUUUUAACCUCGGACUAUAUGGUUAUAGGGGUAUUAUGGUUAUUUACUUGUGGGUCCAUCUUUUUAAAGUGAAAAUUGGACCAAUGAAUAUGUAAACUAGUGUGAUAGGGUGGGCUGCUUUAGCA